UUGAACACAUUUUUCUUUUAUCACGGCUGGUGAAUUGCCUUGGCAAUUGGUCUCGUUAGUAACGAUUACGAUAUUCAAAUCAUUCUUCAUAGAUAUUGAAUUGGCCGAUUAAGAAACGAGCUAUAAAUUAUUUAUACCAUCUUUAUCUCCUGAUUUCAAAUUAUACCACGUUCGCCACAAUUAGUCACACACGGCCUUUAGUAGAUAUCAACUGUGAAUGUUUAGUGAACAUAAAAAUGGUGUCAGAAUUUAGAAAACAGAAACUUCUGCAUCUCUUUAACAUUUUCUUUGACAUAGAUGCAAGUGGAAGCAUCGAAAGGAAUGAUUUUGUAUUAGCUGCCGAAAAUAUCUGCAAAUUACGAGGUUGGAAAUCAGGUGAUGAUAAAUAUAAGGAAACUUUGGAGUCUCUGAUCAAAAUAUGGGAAGGUUUACAAACCGCCGCUGAUGCUGAUAAAGAUGGAAAGGUAACUGCUGAUGAAUGGGUGGCGAUGUGGGAGACUUAUGCCAGAAAUCCUAAUUCUGGUGCGGACUGGCAGCUGGCAUACUGCAAAUUCAUGUUCCAACUAGAAGACGCCGGUUGUGACGGUGCUAUUGACAGUGAAGAGUUUUCAGCAGUCUACGAAUCAUUCGGUCUUCUAAGGGAAGACAGUGUAGCCGCUUUUGAUGUGAUGUCGAAAGGUAAACCAAAAGUUACUUGGCAAGAAUUUCAAGAAUUGUGGAUACAAUAUUUCACAUCUGAUAAUCCUAAUGAUCCUGGUAACUUUAUAUUUGGUGCGGCGACGUUUUAAAUAGUUUUUAGUGAAAUUAUUAAUUUUAAAGCUGGACGUUAAUAUAUGAAUAGAAUUUUUUUCAUAUAUUUGUCUUACACUGUGUGAGUUAUCAUUUGUAUGUGAUGUUAUUAUUAUAACAAAACAUUUUGUAAAUUAUGAUAAUUAACGCGUAAUUAUAAAAUGUUUAAUUUAUAAUUGUUUUAUAAUAAUUGACUUACUAUUUAAUUUUAUAUUUGGGUGUGUAUAAUUAUUACUUUUAGUAUCACGUCACGUACAAACUGAUAAUCAUAAAAAUACGCGAUAAAGUGAUAAAGUACUGAAUAAAGACACGUAUAGAAUACCGUACGUAUUAAUAAAAGUAUUGAUUAUUUGGCUAUUUAAUAUAAUUAUAUACAUAUACUAGCGGACCCGACA